GUCGGAGGAGCCGAGCUCUUGCCCGAGGCUCUAGCUGGGUCCGUUCGCAAGUGUCGCGGCAGCUCUGGCCAUGAAGACCCUGUGGAUGGUGCUGUGCGCUCUGGCGCGGCUGUGGCCCGGGGCCCUGGCUGGCUGUGCAGAGGCCGGCCGCUGCUGUCCUGGCCGGGACCCAGCCUGCUUCGCCCGCGGCUGGAGGCUGGACAGGGUCUAUGGAACAUGCUUCUGUGACCAAGCCUGCCGUCUCACCGGGGACUGCUGCUUCGACUACGACAGGGCGUGCCCAGCUCGCCCUUGCUUUGUGGGAGAAUGGAGUCCCUGGAGUGGCUGCGCAGGUCAGUGCCAGCCCACCACGCGUGUGCGCAGGCGUUCAGUGCGUCAGGAACCACUAAACGGAGGGGCGCCCUGCCCACCCCUGGAAGAGAGAGCUGGCUGCCUGGAGUACUCGUCAUCACAGAGCCAGGACUGCGGGCACUCCUUUGUUCCUGCCUUCAUAACUAGCUCUGUCUUCAACAAGAAGAGAAUAAUACAAGCAGUAUCUCCACAGUGGUCUACACACACUAAGGAUGCUGGAUACUGUAUGGAGUUCAAGACAGAGUCCCUGACUCCUCACUGUGCUCUGGUCAACAGUCCCCUGACUCGAUGGAUGCAGUAUCUCCGUGAGGGAUACACAGUGUGUGUAGACUGUCAGCCACCAGCUAUGAACUCUGUGAGCCUACGUUGUUCUGGAGAUGGUCUGGACUCUGAUGGAAAUCAGACUCUUCGCUGGCAAGCCAUUGGCAAUCCUCGAUGUCAGGGAACCUGGAAAAAAGUGCGUCGAGUAGAACAGUGCUCAUGUCCAGAUGUGCACCGCUUCAUUUUUAUAUAGAGCACCUGGGAGCGACUUCCGAGCAUGCGUGUGAAUGGGCCGAGUAUUGACAAGCUGCAUUCAAAGCUUCCGAGGCCUCCAAAAGCUGCGCCAGGGACCUGGACUCUCGCAUUGCUACGCUUUGCCACUGAGAAAGAACAUUUAGGGAUAGUUCUCAAGGUAGACCACAGUCUCUUGGUUUUUAUUUUUAAUGAGUUAAGGACUCGUACUAAAAGCUCCUAUGGCCUGUAGACUUUUACCUUACAUUUGGUCACAGCAUACAUGUCUAUACUAGAAUCACUACCAUGUGCUCCAGUUUGGGGCAAAUUGUUGUUUAAGGCACCUAUGUUUUCUCUUUCUCUCACCCUCCCUCUUUUAAAAAUUAAAGGUUCUCAUUAUAUAGCCUGAAGUUCACUACGUAGCCAGGCUGGCCUCUAAUUAAUAGACAUCUGUCUGCUUUUGUGGGAAGAACAGGUCAAGACAGAGUUUCUUUGUGUAGCCUUUGCCAUCCUGGAACUUGUUCUGUAGAUCAGGCUGACCUCUAACUCAGAGAUCUCCUGUUUCUGCCUCCCAACUUCUAGUAUUCAGGGCCACCUAUACUUAAGAGCUUCUCACUUUAAAAAAAAAAAACAUAUAUGUGAACUUUCACCCAUAAAGUUCCUAUACUAUUUAUUACCCUUAUAAAUUCUAAACUAGCUUCAAGUAAAUCAUCAUAAAUAAUUUUCCACAGGGAAAGUUGUCAAAAUUUCAAAAGAUGUUUUAUAAUGAAAAGCUAUAAACAUUUUUAAGGAAGUAAAAAAAAUUUGGUUUAGAUGAAAAGAUCAAAUAUUCAUGCUAGAUCAAUAGGACUUUCUUAAAAAGUUACAAUUUUCAUGACAUUUUGGCACCAAAUUAGCCAACUGCUUCAAUUAUUAGCAUUCUAUCAUCAUUCAUAUAUAAGAUUUCUCAAAGUAUAGAGGCUGAAGCAGAAUAAGACAUAUCUUUUAAUGUCUGACUUCAUGCUUAGUUAAAGGUGCUCGCUAGUUUUCUCCCUAUGGCACAGAGGGUAGAAAACACAGAUUUUCCUGCAAACGUUAUGAUCUCCUUCCUACUCAGAGAAUAUUAGCUUUACCCUUGGUUGGGAGAUAACUGAGUUUGUGGCUAAGUGGCAUGGUGUGCUCACAGGCCUAGGAUGGCAAGCUGUUUCUCAGCAUCUGCAGUCAUCUGGUCCAGCUUCCUCAUCUGGGACUCGACUUCAGUGAAGAUCAUCCUGACUAUGCCCAAGACUCCAUUAUAGGACCUCAGCCUGGCUUUGUUUUGAAGCAGGCUUAAAAUUGAGGAUAGUUUCUUUGAAGAAUUGAAUCAAUACUUAAAUGGUAUAAAUCCUUUGGUGUGACUAAUCACUCACUAACAUAGCUAACUAAAAUGCAGACUUUUUGGUGCCGAUCAUUUAACUACUGUGGCCAACAAGAAGCUUAAAGGGGUAGCAAAUGUCUCCUGAUAGUAUUUCUGAUUUUAUUUUUAUUUAACUGCCAAAGGUAUUUUCAUAGAAAAUUAAUUUUAACAAAAACCUUUAAUUUGGGGGCUGGAAAGUUGGCUUAGCAGUUAAGUGUGCUCAUUACUCUUACAGAGGACUGGGGUUUAGUUCUCAGCACCCAGGGAACUACCGGUAGCUCACAACUACCGGUAGCUCCAGGAUGUUUGGUCGGGCACUCUGAGGCAUAAGUAACCACUUAAGUGAAUGGAAAGAGGUAUGCAACUUUUAGGUUUAGGUGAGAGAUAUAAGCUUACUUAUCUUCCUUCCCUCAUAAAUUAUGUGGGUAACAUAGAUGAGAAGGGGGGAGGGGCAGUCUCAGCUUAGCGACUUUAAAUGUAUCAUUUUUUUCUCAUGUAAUUGUCCUCAAACCCACUGUUUACUUGAACUU